AUGCCACCUGUGCCGCAACAACAUCAAACUUACCACGACCAGAUGCAGGCACUCCAGUUCUCCAGUCACCCUCGGCCCAACUAUGUCACGACUGCCUACAGCACAGAGCCAGACACCUCUAGCCCACCAGUAUCCUAUACCGGAUCGUCAGGAACACCAGAAGCAGCGUGGGAGCCAACGCCGUUUGUCCCACCCGUACGACCAGCCAGCAGCACAGGAUUGUCAUCACCCAGUGCCGGUGCCGGUGCAGCUGGUCACUCUCCCGAUACUUCUACUGCCACCGCGCUUUCUACCACGACUAGCACUGCUGCUUUUCAGGCCAAUGCAACUCGUGACCCUCAGGAUAGAGGAACUCCUCCGCCUUCAUUUCCUCCCCCUUCGGUAUCUCACAGCACGAGACUUGGUCAGGAGGCUAGCUCGGCAUCGUCUCCUCAAGCCUUACUGGCGAGGUCCCAGAACCCACAGUAUGUUGACGAUUAUCACUUGAACUAG